AACCGGUUAAAUUUCGCUCGAAUUUAUUGCACAAUUUUAAUAUUAAACAUAGUUAAAAGUAAUUUUCAAUAUGGAAAUUAAUGAUGCUAACUUGCAAACGUUAUCUGAGUACUUGCGCCAAACAUUAAGUCCUGACCCAAACAUCAGACGUCCAGCUGAAAGAUUUUUAGAAAGUGUCGAAGUAAAUCAGAAUUACCCAAUUUUAUUAUUAAAUCUAAUUGAUAAGGCUGGAGUUGAUGAUACUAUUCGAGCCUCAGGAGCUAUCGCUUUUAAGAAUUAUGUCAAAAGAAACUGGGAAAUUCUUCCAGAUUUUCCUGAUAGAAUCCAUGCACAAGAUCGAACCGCAAUCAAACAACUUAUUGUAACCUUGAUGUUAAAAGCUCCUCCGGCAAUUCAGAAACAAUUAAGUGAUGCUGUUAGUAUAAUAGGAAAACAUGACUUUCCUAAUAAAUGGCCGGAGUUGAUAACAGAAAUGACAGACAAAUUUGCCACAGGUGAUUUUCAUAUAAUAAAUGGAGUGCUACAUACAGCACAUUCAUUAUUUAAGAGAUACAGAUUUGAAUUCAAAUCUCAAGAACUGUGGGUUGAAAUUAAAUAUGUGCUGGAUCGCAUUGCAAAACCCUUAACAGAUUUGCUUGAGGCUACUAUGAAUUUAACAACUGUUCAUGCUGGCAAUCAAGCAGCUCUUAAAGUUAUUUAUGGAUCAUUGGUUCUUGUUUGUAAAGUAUUUUUAUCAUUAAAUUCCCAGGAUUUACCUGAAUUUUUUGAAGAUAAUAUGAAAACUUGGAUGACUGCAUUCCACACUAUGCUCACAACCGACGUACCUUGUUUGCACACUGGGGAUGCUGAGGAAGCUGGCGUUUUGGAGCAAUUGCGAUCAGAAGUGUGCAAUUGUUUAGCAAUGUAUGCUUUAAAGUAUGAUGAAGAAUUUGGGCCAUACAUGCCUCAAUUUGUCACUGCUGUUUGGGGACUUCUUGUUGGAACGGGUAUACAGCCCAAAUAUGACUCAUUAGUAUCAAAUGCCUUACAAUUCUUGGCAACAGUGGCUGCAAGAAAUCACUAUAAACAUUUAUUUGAAGAUCCAAAUGUUUUAUCUAGUAUUUGUGAAAAGGUUAUUAUACCAAACAUGGACUUUAGAGAAUCAGAUGAAGAAUUGUUUGCUGAAAAUGCAGAAGAAUAUAUAAGAAGGGAUAUUGAGGGAUCAGAUGUUGACACCAGACGAAGAGCAGCUUGUGAUUUAGUUCGUGUUCUAUCAGCAAAUUUUGAAGCCAAAAUCUUUGAAAUUUUUGGACAGUAUCUUCAGGUGAUGCUUGAAAAAUACUCUUCAAAUCCACAACAAAAUUGGAAAGCUAAGGAUGCAGCAUUAUAUUUAGUUACUUCUUUGGCAUCUCGAGGUGCCACACAGAAACAUGGUGUUACUUCAACAUCAGAAUUGGUCUCUAUUCCACAAUUUUACAAGCAACAUGUUGCUCCUGAGUUGGAACGACCUGAUGUGAAUGCUUUGCCUGUCUUAAAAGCUGAUGCUUUACGUUACUUGAUGACAUUCAGAGCAGUUUUGGGGGCUGAAGUAUACACAACAGCUACAAUUAGUCACGUAAUUAGGCAUUUAUCUUCUAAUAGUGUUGUUAUACACACAUAUGCAGCUAGCACAUUAGAAAAAUCUCUAAUAAUGAGAGAUAGUAAUGGACAGCCUUUGUUGUCGAAGGCACAUCUAGCUCCAGUGGCUGGUGAUCUUCUGAGUGGUUUAUUUGGAACUCUCUCACAUGAGGAAUCUCAAGAAAAUGAUUAUGUGAUGAAAGCAAUAAUGCGCAGUUUUUCAACAUUACAAGAGGCAGCUUUGCCUUUCAUGGGUGCAGCACUGCCAAGGCUUACAAAAGCCUUAGAAACUGUAGCCAGGAAUCCAUCAAGGCCUCAUUUUAAUCACUAUCUAUUCGAGACACUGUGCUUAGCUAUCAAGAUUGUUUGUAAAUCUGAUAACAAUGCAAUUACAUCAUUUGAAGAAGCCUUGUUUCCAUUAUUUGAACAUAUACUUCAGCAAGAUGUGCAAGAGUUCAUUCCCUACACAUUUCAAAUGUUGUCUUUACUUUUGGAAUUGAGAGCUGCCGGAACAGGAGUGCCUCCUCCAUACAUGGCAUUGUUCCCUUGUUUAUUAACACCAGCUUUAUGGGAUAAACCAGGAAAUGUUAAACCAUUAAUGAGAUUGUUAUGUGCAUUUAUUAGUAAAGCAGCAAAUGUUUUAGACCAGCAACAAAAAUUGAAUGGUUUACUGGGUGUUUUCCAAAAAAUGAUUGCCUCAAAAGUGAAUGAUCAUGAAGGCUUUUAUUUACUACAAAAUCUCCUAAUAUAUUAUCCAAUGGCUUCUCUGGAACCUACAUUAAAACAAGUAUUCUUAUUGCUGUUCCAAAGGCUGUCUUCUACUAAAACAACAAAAUUUGUUCGUGGAUUAAUUGUAUGGUUUAGUUUAUUCUGUGCUAGGACUUCUCCAGAUAAAUUGAUUAAUAUUGUAGAUUCAAUUCAAGCACAAAUGUUUGGAAUGGUAUUACAAAGAGUAUUGAUCACAGACUUACAAAGAGUUAGUGGGGCAUUGGAAAUAAGAUUAGUUGCUGUUGGUACAGCACGAUUACUCUGUGAAAGCAGUGAAAUGAUAACUGGCCAAUAUCGUCAAUAUUGGAAGCCACUAAUGGAGGCUUUAGUCCAGCUCUUUGAGCUACCAGCAGAUGAAUCUUUAUUACCAGAUGAUCAUUAUGUUGAAAUUGAGGACACACCCGGAUAUCAAGUGGCUUACAGUCAAUUAAAUUAUGCAGCCGAGGGUCAAUUAGAUCCUCUGCCAGAUGUAAAGGAUCCAGUAAAGUUUCUGGCAGAAAGUCUGGGUCGUUUAUCAGCAUCAAAUCCAGCAAUAGUACGAGAGAAUAUUAUGAGCUUGUCUCCUAAUUUUAAACUGGCUAUAGAAAAAUACUUGUCGCAGAGCGGAGUACAAAUAGCAUAA